AUGCACUGGAAUGUUGUUAACAAGGUUCAGAGCUACUUGAACUGUGGUAUCCAUUCUACAUCACAGAUUUCUUUCCUUGCCAAGAUGGGAGUUUACCUCAGUACUCCAAAGACCGAUAAGCUAUCCGAAGACGGGGAAAAUGAUAAACUCAAAUUUGGUCUUUCAUCUAUGCAAGGAUGGCGUGCAAGCAUGGAAGAUGCUCAUUCAGCAUUGCUAGAUCUUGACAAUGAGACAGCAUUCUUUGGUGUUUUUGAUGGCCAUGGAGGAAGGGUGGUUGCCAAAUUCUGUGCAAAAUAUCUACACUCUCAAGUUCUCAAAAGUGAAGCAUAUUCUUCUGGUGAUCUAGGAACUGCUGUUCAUAAAGCUUUCUUUAGAAUGGAUGAAAUGAUGCGAGGACAGAGAGGUUGGAGAGAACUAUCUGCACUAGGAGAUAAGAUGAACAAGUUCAGUGGCAUGAUAGAAGGGUUGAUUUGGUCUCCGAGAGGCAGUGAUUCGAAGAAUGCAGAAGAUGACUGGACUCUAGAGGAGGGACCCCACUCUGACUUUGAUGGGCCAACAUGUGGAAGUACAGCAUGCGUAGCACUAGUAAGGAAUAACCAACUUGUUGUGGCAAAUGCUGGUGAUUCCCGGUGUGUUAUUUCUAGGGCUGGCCAGGCAUACAAUUUGUCCAGAGACCACAAGCCAGAGCUUGUAGCUGAGAGAGAAAGAAUACUAAAAGCAGGCGGGUUCAUACGCAUGGGGCGGAUAAAUGGAAGUUUGAACUUAGCGAGAGCGAUUGGAGAUAUGGAAUUUAAGCAGAACAAAUUCUUGCCUCCUGAGAAGCAAAUAGUGACUUCAAAUCCUGACAUCAAUGUUGUGGAGCUUUGCAAUGAGGAUGACUUUCUUGUUUUAGCAUGUGAUGGCAUUUGGGACUGUAUGUCAAGCCAGCAGUUGGUGGAUUUCAUCCAUGAGCAUAUAAACACGUCUACAGAGGGAGUACUUGUUAUGUUUAACAACGACACAAAAAUGCAGGAGAGCAGCCUUUCUGCAGUGUGUGAAAGAGUGCUCGACAGAUGCCUGGCUCCAUCAACAAUGGGCGGAGACGGAUGCGACAACAUGACCAUGAUCUUGGUGCAGUUCAAAAAACCAGUCAGUGACAAGAAAAAGGCUGACGUGGGGGAGCAAUCUGCGAAAGGCAAGGAAGAGUCUUGA